AUGGAGGAAGCUAAGUUGAAACCAGCUAGCCGACAGCAGUUUGAUCCUUUAACUGUAACUCAAUCACUUGGAUAUCAAACGUUUCGAAGAGAGGCAAGGCGUCCUUGGACCAAGGAUGAAGAUGAGCACUUGAAACGCCUAGUAAUAGAACAAUAUAUGGACAGUCAUAAUGAUGACAAUUACAAAACAAAACCUAUCCCUCUUACUAGCAUCAAUUGGGAUACGGUAGCUGAAAAGUUACCCGAAAGGAAAGCUUUUGACUGUAAGAAGAGAUGGGCAAAUUCUAUUGAUCCUACAGUCAAGAAGGGGAAAUGGACUAAAGAAGAGGAUACUCUACUCUUGGAAGCCUUCCAAACCUAUGGAACCUCAUGGCAGAAAGUCUCUACGUGGUUGGUUGGUAGAACUAAAGACCAAUGUGCCAAAAGAUAUGUGGAAGUUCUAGAUCCAAAUAAAGAUCGAUUUAAACCGUGGAAUAAAGAGGAAGAUUUAGAACUGAUAAGAUUGGUUCAAUCUGUUGGCACAAAGUGGAGAACUAUUUCCAUGAACCUUCCUGGUAGGCCCAGUUUAACAUGUAGAAACAGAUGGAGAAAACUGGUUACUACGAUGGUACGAGGUAAAGCAGAUCCAGAUAUUCACAAAGAAAUGGAAAAAGUUCAAAAGAAGAAGGAAGUUUUAGGUUCCACCAUCAAAUCUCCCGAAGGCAUAGAUUCAGAUAAAACACCUAAUCCAAAGGCCGUCCAAAGCGCCAAGAAUGUUUCCCACCCACAAAGCACUAGUAGCGCUAGCCCGCCACAACCUCUUCAAAAGGCCAGCCCUAAUUUAGUUCAUUCCCACACUGAGUGGACGUUCAAUACAACGGGUGUUGAAGGUCAGAUUCUAUCCACUGGUUCUAUCAAUUCCAAGGAGGAGGUGGACCGGCUAGUUGAACAGGCUAAGAAAUAUAAUAUCGCCAUCACUAUUCAUCAGCAUGUACAUCAUCAUUACGGUAAUCCAAAUUCCCAGAAAUCAGUUUUAGAUCCGGAGACGCAAUUAAACAGACAUCAACAUUUCAACUACUUGGGAAGUUUGAAAAAUGUUCCCAGAUUGACAUCAACAUCUCGGAAUUCAUCUUCGACCAACUUGAAUCAAAUAGAUCCGCAUUCGAAUAAAGUGUCGGGUAAAGAAAGUGAUUUAAUAAGAUUAUUGAAUCAACCCCCAGAAACCUCUCAAUCGCCUUCAAACUUUAAUUCAAGGUAUUGGGAUUUUGGAUCAUCCAGUAAAAGACAAAGGGUACAUAAUCCAGAAGAUUUAAAAAAUGACACCACAACUCAAAACUAUAGAGCAAUUCCCACUAAUACUUUUCACCCACAUUUUGCUCCAGAUGACAUAGAAGAGGAUAUUGACUUUUGGGACUCGUUGGGAAAGCUCGCUGAUGUGAAUCCAGUCAAUACAUCCGCCUCUACUCCGCCCGUAUCGCAACACCAUCCCCUUCAUUAUGAUAAUAGCCAAAGUAAAACCCAAGUGGCUACACACUACACAAAUUUCCAUCCUACCCAUCAGCAGGAAGUUAAUGAACCCAGGAGUACUGCCCCUUUUGGUCCAUUAUACGGAAGAGAAUACGAAGAAGACGAAGAUUAUGAACAAGAAAUCAGAAAAGAUGAACCAAAAGUUAUGGAUAGAGCUCAUCAAGAUGAGGAGGAUAUUCCAAAUGAUGCCAGUAGUUUUGGAGUAUACUACAACGUAUUUCCGACUAAGCAGUUGACGAAUGGCAUUGCUACAGAGCAGGCUCGCAAGAAUAGCCAUAAAACAGAUUCCAAUUCUGAAAAAAGUGUGAGUCAUGAUGACGCAUUCGGUUUUUUUCCUUUCAAUCCAUCCUAA